AUGGAAAAAGUUUCAGUGGAGUACCGAAUUCCCAUUCAAUACAUAAAUCAAAAGAGGUCCGAAAGAGUCGGAGGUUCCGAAAGAACCGGAGGAACCCCGACAAGCGGAACCCCAGCGGCUGGAGCCCCAACGGCCGGAGCCCCAGCGGCCGGAGCCCCAGCGGCCGGAACCCCAGCGACCGGAGCCCCAGCGGCCGGAACCCCAGCGACCGGAGCCCCAGCGGCCGGAGCCCCAGCAGCCGGAGCCAGAGUUGUUGCAAUUGCAAGAACAAUUGCAGCAGCUCCAUUUGCAGCAGCAGAAUCCGCUGCUGCUGCAAUUCCAGCAGCGUUUGCUGCAGCUGGAGCUGCGACGGCAACCGCAGUAUAUCCCUUACCAGCCGCAGCCGUAGCCGCAACAUUACCUGCCGCAGCCGGACCACCAUCAAGCUGGAUAUACUCCUUACCAGCCGCAGCCGCAGCCGCAACCUUACCAGCCGCAGCUGGACCACCAUCAAGCUGGAUAUACUCCUUACCAGCCGCAGCCGCAGCCGCAACCUUACCUGCCGCAACAUUACCUGCCGCAGCCGGACCACCAUCAAGCUGGAUAUACUUCUUACCAGCCGCAACCACACCAGCUGCAACCUUACCAGCCACAGCCGGACCAGGAUUAAGCUGGAUAUGCUUUACAAAGAUUGAAGCAGCUCAUGAUCCGGAAGUACAGGCGCGAAAUUAA